UAGUCCAAAACGAGUCCAUUUCCUGACACUGUUACCUCUGUAUAUAUAUCCAGUGAUAAUCAAUAGAAAACAUAUUGCGCGCAAGACAGAUACUUGAGAGAUACUCGGCAGCAGACUGGUAAUGCCAACAACUUUUUUACUGGACUUCAGCCGUGCCGGGGCUGACACGAGAGGAGGAGCUUUCUGGCCCGUAUGCAAGAGUCUAUGCAGACCUCUCCAAGCCAGAGUUCUGAUGGAGCAGUUUCAGAAGAUGGACGGCAAUGAGGAAGAAUGUAUCAAGGCGCCUCGGUUCCAGGCACUGAAGGGCAAUCUUGAGAAAUAUCUCGACACGUCUCCGAUGAGAUUUUCUGAAUGGGUAGAGAGACACAAGAAAGAAUUUCCGGCUUUAUUUUGGCGCGUUCUCUUGAUACCGUGCGCACCUUGAGUAGCAUGCGUUUAUACUAUUAUACUCGCUGCAAUGUAGUUAUCCGCAAUCUGUCCUCCAGGAUACAUGCAUGUCGUGGAAGAAGAUAUAGCAUUCUUUACAUGUC